UGAAGAAUCGGAAGUUGUGCCGUAAAUUGCUCUGUAUUGCCGUAAAAACUACCAGUCAACAAGCCUGCUAGCUGCUAGGUUAUUUUUAUCCAAGUGCCAUGGCCUCAGCUCCAGCACAGCAGCCCACCCUGACUGUGGAGCAAACAAGAGUGGUGUUAAGUGAGGUGAUUCAGGCCUUCUCUGUCCCAGAAAAUGCAGCUCGAAUGGAUGAGGCACGAGAAAGCGCCUGUAAUGACAUGGGGAAGAUGCUGCAGCUCGUGCUUCCGGUGGCAACACUGAUUCAACAGGAGGUUAUCAAAGCUUAUGGUUUCAACAACGAAGGGGAAGGUGUCCUUAAAUUUGCCAGAUUGGUGAAGAUGUAUGAAACCCAGGACCCUGAAAUUGCAGCCAUGUCCACUAAACUCAAGUCUCUGCUUCUGCCACCGCUGUCGACACCACCUAUAGGAGGCGCCAUUACAGCUUCAUAGGAAUUCUUUACAUUCUGAAAAACCAUCUGCAAGAAUACGUACAUGUGAUUUAGACAUCAUACUGUCUUUACACAUUGUCGACCAUCUGUCCAUUUUUUUAACAGUAUCUGUAAACUAAUACGUUCCAUUAAGGGUGAAAUUGAGAUUUUACCAACAUUACAGUUGCAAAAGAUGUUAAAUUAUUUCCUUUUUAAUGUUCUGUAUUUAUUUCUUACCUGUCCAUGGCCAUUUUCUUAUGUCAAAGAAUCUUAAACAUUUCCUUUAUUGCCAUCUUUUAUACCAUUUUAUAUGCUGUCAGAUGUUUGAAAUGUCAUUCUUUUGUUGUAUAUUAAAACUCAGUUUUCUGUGAAAUUGUGGCACUGUACUUUUAAAAGACAAGAUAUUAAAAUGUACUUCAGUAUAACUUUAUUAUUGCAGUAAGGCUUUGGCAACCACAUCAUCACAGGUUCAUAUUAUAUUUUAAAAAAUACUUAGGCAUACACACAUAUACAUAUAUACAAACAAGUUUCCUCACUAACAUUUCUUUUAAGAUAAGACAUCACUUGUUCGUAAAUUAUGUGUUCAUUUCUGGCUUCAUCUUUUGCUUUGUGGGUUUCAGUUUUUGGGUACUUACAGAUAUAAUAUUGACAUAAAAAAAUUAUUUUGACCAAGAUAAAUUAAAGUGCCUGGAUUCUGAAAUACUCAAAAAUACAAAUUUACAGUAAUGAUAAAGUGCUCAUUCAUUAAAAAACAAAAAAUAAACAGUGCAACAUCAGUGUUCCCAAACCCCAGAUGUGACAAACUGAACAUGACCUUCAAUCAGGUGGAUAUUUUCUGGGUGGUUUAGUCCCACAGUCUUGCAUUUCCCAUUGAUUUUAAAUCUGUUUUUGUUUUGUGCAUAAACACCCGGCAGCUUUUUGGAUCCAGUGUUACUGCUGU